CAUGCUAAAACUCAGACAGGCGUAGACUUGACUCCAAACCAUUUAUCUAUACAGAGAAAACUGCUCUUCCAUCAAACCUGAAAACUCAUUAGAAGAAAAAGAAAAAAUGGAAAUCUUGAGAUUGGUCAUAGUGGCCAUUAGCUUUUCUUCUCUACUAAGCCCUGCAAUCUUUGCGGACAACGUCUCAAUUGCACCUGCAGCAGUACCACCUGACGAUGUCUGUGCAGAGAAAAGAUGUAGCCCCUAUGGUCCGGCCGUAAGAUUCCCAUUUCUGCUACGAGGAAAGCAGCCUGAAGAGUGUGGCUACAAUAAUCCAGGGUACAAUCUUUAUUGUGACAACGGAAACCAUACCUUACUUGAGUUUCCCCCUUCAUCAAUGAAAUUUGUGGUCAAAAGCAUCAACUAUAAGACUCAAAUGAUCCAAGUCCAGUUUGCUGAAGGUUGCCAACUCAAGUAUCUGAGAAAUUUUGAUUUAUCUUCUACCCCGUUUCAGUUUUCUGCACCAGACUACAUGAUAGAUCGAUAUUUGUUCAUGAUAGAUCGAUAUACUUUGUUCAAUUGCUCAUUGGCAAAUGGUGAUACUUGGUCUUCCGAUGAUGGAUAUGACUUUCGUUGUCUAGACAUCCCUGGAUACAAAGUGCGUGCAACGCCUUCUCAUACUGAAAUUCGGUUUUUGUCUGUGGAAUUAUGCACAAAGAUGUAUGACACAACUUUGGUUUCGGGGGAACUAUUUCGAAUGCGAGACUCACUGAACCUGGCCUGGUCCUUGUCUGCAUGCAAAAAAUGUGAGGUACGAGAAGGUGGAAUUUGCAGAUGGAAGAAUAGAACUAACAAUAAAUUUGACUGCUUUGGAGGAAAGAAUCUCGACCCUGGUACGUACCAUUUACUGCUCCUUCCUGGUCCAUUUCUUGAUGUUUCUCAUUGAAGUACUUCAGAUAGACUAAUUGACUAAAGA